UAAAGUAGCUGAUUUACUACACGUGAUUUGGCGCGAACUACACUUUAAAAGGUGGGCGUCCCAACACGCUUCAAUUCUGCAUCUGCAUCUUCUCGAUCAAACCACUGCCUCCAAACCACUUUACGCGUGCACCAACACUCCAUCACAUCACAAGCUCAGUCUGCAAUUGUAACUUGGUUUUCUAUAUAUCCAAUUCUCUUUAAUAUCAUCUUCAUCCCCCACAAUGGCAACUGAGAUCACCCCCUCCAAGAAGGCUGCAUCGGCCAUUGAGUCCUUUACGAUGGAAUCUCCGGUUAAGAAGCUAGACUUUUCCGCUGCGGGCAAGGAGAAUGCUCCUGCCGACUCCGACCUCCACACUCUCUCCAACCAGAUCGACUCCUACAAGCCCACAACCACAACGGAGACACCCAAAGAGGAGCCCAAGCCUGCUGUAGCCGCUGGCAUCAAGGCUGAGGAGGCCGAUGAGCCCCUCCUUCAAGAGAACCCUCAGCGCUUCGUGCUGUUCCCCAUCAAGUACCAUGAGAUCUGGCAAAUGUACAAGAAAGCCGAGGCUUCUUUCUGGACUGCUGAGGAGAUUGAUCUGUCCAAGGAUCUGCACGACUGGAACAACAGAAUCAAUGAAGACGAGAAAUACUUCAUCUCCCACAUCUUGGCCUUCUUCGCUGCCUCCGAUGGUAUCGUAAACGAAAACCUUGUCGAGCGCUUCAGUGGCGAGGUGCAGAUUCCUGAAGCUCGAUGCUUCUACGGUUUCCAGAUCAUGAUGGAGAACAUCCACUCCGAAACAUACUCUCUGCUCAUUGACACCUACAUCAAGGAGCCCGCCCAGCGCAACCAUCUUUUCAAUGCCAUUGAUACUAUUCCUGCCAUUCGCAAGAAGGCUGACUGGGCUCUGAAGUGGAUUGCUGAUCGCAACUCCACUUUCGCCCAACGUCUGAUCGCCUUUGCUGCUGUCGAAGGUAUCUUCUUCAGUGGUGCUUUUGCCUCCAUCUUCUGGCUCAAGAAGCGUGGUUUGAUGCCCGGUCUGACCUUUUCUAACGAGCUCAUCUCGCGUGAUGAGGGUCUCCAUACCGAUUUCGCCUGCCUGCUCUUCUCUCACUUGAAGAACCGGCCUAGCAAGGAAGUUGUAGAAGCAGUCAUUGUCGAUGCCGUGAAGAUUGAGCAAGAAUUCUUGACCGAGGCCCUACCUUGUGGUCUACUUGGCAUGAACGCCAACCUCAUGAAGCAGUACAUUGAGUUUGUGGCCGACCGUCUACUUGUAGCACUUGGCAAUGACAAGGUCUACCGCUCAACCAACCCCUUUGACUUCAUGGAGAACAUCUCCCUCGGCGGCAAGACCAACUUCUUCGAGAAGCGCGUCGGCGACUACCAAAAAGCUGGUGUCAUGGCCAGCACCAAGAAGAACGUCUCGAAUGAUGAUGUCUCGCAGUCAACUGAGAGCAAGGGAGAGAAUGGCGGUGACUUCACUUUCGAUGAUGACUUCUAGGCGACUAUGCCUACUAUCUACUUCGAUAAGAAGUGCACCAUCUUCUCUUUAUGAUACCCUUUUCUUUUCUCACAUAUAUCAUACCUGCCCUGCCGUGUAUAUCAGACUUCGCGCAACGACGAAGUUUCCCCCCUCUAUUCUGCAUGGUAUUAUACGAUAGACCAAGAGGCAUGGCGAGCAAUUGGCUAAGCUGUCUCCUACAGCAAUAAUCUCCUAUCUUUCUGCUUAUGAUCGGUUGGCAUUGGGUACGGUCAAAAACCCAGACGUGGCGUUUUACGGAGUAUUGGGAUCCCGGCGUUCUCACGGUGCUUUAAUGGACACUGGGAAUCUUGGUUGGGUGGGUGGCAAGUGCUGUGUAAAGCAGCUUGGGGGCUCUUGAAUGCGAACGCGAAUGUUUUUAUGAAGUUUCGAUAUGAAGCAAAAAAUAGCUGUUCAAAAGAAGGAAGUGUAACUCUAGCUAGACUAGGUAGUCCUGGAACACGGGCGCGGAAAGCGCUUUUAAUGCAGCAGAUGAAGUUAAGAAUA